AUGGCAACUACGGAUCAAGAAGACUGUAAAAAGCUGGUGCAAGAACUCGAGGCAGCUGCUGAGCUGCCGAAAAGAGGAAGAGCCUACAAAACGAUCUGCCAGAUCUCAAACUCUGAUCGACAAGUAUCCAGUUGGAAGUUCAAUGAAUGGGAUUAUGGUAAGAAUAACAUCAAGCUCCCGAUAAAUGCAAGGGGGCUUUUUAUUUUGGAAGAUCGAGAUACACCAAGAAUUGUAGUCAGAGGAUAUGAUAAGUUCUUUAACAUUGACGAAGUGGCUUCCACCUCAGCGCAAUGGCUAAGUUCCAACACUGUUGGUCCAUAUGAAGUCACGGUGAAGGAAAACGGCUGCAUUAUUUUCAUUUCUGGUCUGGAAGACGGAACUUUAGUCAUUUGUUCGAAACACUCCACUGGCGAUAGAGAUGACACGGAUCGAAAUCACUCGAUUGCAGGUGAAAAAUUUCUACUGAGGCAGCUCAAAUCGCGGGACAUUGAUCCCAAAAUUCUAGGUCGAGAGCUCUACCAAAUGAACGUCACCGCUGUGGCUGAAUAUUGCGACGACAGCUUCGAGGAGCACAUUCUUGAAUAUACAAAGGACGCAGCUGGUCUUUACCUACACGGAAUUAAUCAAAACCAGCGUGUUUUCAAAACUUUGCCAAUCCGAGAGGUCACCAAAUUUGCUGAUAGAUAUGGUUUCAACAAGAUCGAGCACUUCACACACCACGACUUUUCAAGUCUUCGUAAGUUCUUGGAGCAGUGUGCAGCGGCAGGAACAUUUCAUGGUAAAGAAAUUGAAGGGUUUGUGAUAAGAUGCAAAACGACCGAUGAAAGGGACUAUUUUUUCAAGUACAAAUUCGAAGAGCCCUACUUAAUGUACCGCCAAUGGAGAGAGGCAACGAAGAGAUAUAUCGAAACUAAUUCACGAGUUUUUGGUUUCAAAAAGCACCGUUUCAUCACUAACAAGUAUUUGGACUUCGUCAUACCGCUUCUUGAUGCAGAUCCGAGCCUUCGCGACAACUACAUGAAAGACUUUGGCAUUAUCAAAUUGCGUAAAAUGUUUUUGCUCGAUUAUGGGCUGUCGGGCGUCGAAAUUUUGAAUAGCGAGAAGGUCAAAUAUCUGGAAGAGCAGAAUGCUAUCAACUACCAGUUGGUUGAUGAGAAGACCAAGUUUUUGCUAAUUCCGGUAGCAACUAUUGGCUGCGGGAAGACGACAACCGCCUUGACUUUGAGCAAUCUAUAUCCCGAAUCGUGGGGACAUGUUCAAAACGAUGAUAUAACUGGAAGAGACAAAUCUCUACUGAUGAAAAAGUCUCUGGAACUUUUGAGCCAGGAAAAAGUGAAAGCUGUAAUUGUUGACAGAAACAAUCAUCAAUUUAGAGAGCGGAAGCAACUAUUCGAAUGGUAUGCCGAUCUCAAGGAAAAAUACAUGCCGUAUGACAGUAACGUGAAAAUCAUCGCAUUGUCUUUCUAUCCCUACGAGGAUAUGGAAGCAACCACUCAGCUCACAAUCCAGAGAGUGCUAGCUCGGGGAGACCGGCAUCAAAGCAUAAAAGUCGCUACAGAUGGAGAGAAAAAGGUUUUGGGAAUAAUGAAAGGCUUUUUGAAAAGAUACCAACCAGUCAUCGCAGAUCGGUCUCCAGAUAGCAUGUUUGAUGAUAUCAUUACCUUGAAUGUACGUGAGACAGAUUCGUCUCUUCUCAAUGUUCGUAAAAUCCUGACGGUACUGCACGAAAAGUACCCAAUUCUAAUUCCCGAAAUACCGGGAACGGAAUUGAUACAAUCAGCAUUCAAGAAGAGUCUCUAUUACGAGCCCAAAAUAACUAAAGUGGUUGGAGGAGGAAACAAAGCUGGUAAGGAUAGCUUGAAGUUCAAGCCAAUCUACUUUGCUGCUCAACUUCCGGACCCAGGUGCAUUUGUGAAGUUCAUCUGUGAGCGUUGUUUUGAACGUCAAGACUUUAUGGACACCUCUCCUCUUCGAAAAAGCUUAAAGGAUUUUGUACUUCCAGAACUACAUGCUACUUUGAGUCAUAUCAGUGGUAAAAAGGGCAGCAAAAAGCAGCACGACUUGUGGUGUGAAUAUAAUAAGCGCUAUUCGAAAGACUUGGUGAAGUCGGAGCUGCCACCUACAAAAAGAACAGUAAUUAAGACGAAAGACAAGGUCAAGUUCAAAGUGAAGAAACUUCUUUGGGACGACAAAAUAGUUACGGCCUUGAUCGAGGUCGCGGAAGAGUGCGUUUUGGACGGCGACUCGGGUACGACAGUUCCUCAUUUAGGUUGUGCAAACGAUUAUGCUCACAUAACACUUGCUCUUCUCCAACCAGGUGUGAAGCCCUUUUAUUCAAACACUCUUUGCCAAAUGUUAUCUGACAAGCACGGAUUAAAAGAGGGUUGUUUCUCAGACGGACUCAACUGUUUGGAUUUGGGAGAUACGCAAAGCAUGGACGCCGAACUGUGGAUAAAUCUAUAA